GUACGAGUUGAAUAACUCCGCCUGUGUUUUGAUUCCUAUUUGGACACAGCCGGUCCCAAGCCCGGAUAAAGGAGGAGGGCUGUCAAUAUCUGUACUAUGUAUGAUGCAAAUGAUCCUGACCCUUAAUCUCUUGUGAGUUCCAGAUGCAUCAUUUAUCUGUAUUUUUGUAUGGGCCACCAAUCUUAUGCCUGCUGCCAUGUUGGGUGUCCAGAAUCGGAUUUGAUUACUCACUAGAUUCAAAUAAUAUUUAAAGAAGGAAGGGAGGCUGACUUCCAAAUUUUGUCCAAAUUAAGGUAGAUUGUGAUUUAGUCUUGAUGGAUACUUAUCACUUCGUGGUUGAUGCAUCUAGGUUUCAUCUCGUGAAAACUUACCAGUUUCAAUCUCUCGUAAGAAUUUUUUUUGGAGGAUUAAAUGGGAUAAGUUUUCUUCAUGUAGAAUGUCAAGUUGGUGUUUCCUCUAUUUUUCAAGAACAAUUUUCUAAAUAGAAAGUAAAAUGGACAUUAUAUAACAAAGUUAAGAGUAUAAUAAGAAACAAAAUUAUGUAUGCCCGAUUAUCAUCACCACCACCAUUACAAGAUUCUCCACCGUCUCACUAUCAUCACCACAAUUGCGAUCAUCUUUGACAACACCACCUCCCACUACCAAGUACCAUCGCCGUCGCCACCAUAUCCUACCUCCAUCUGCAUUUUAAACGCCAUUAUUGCCACCUGCAAAUACCAUCACCAUCAUCACAUUCUCCACUCCCAUUAUCCUCACUAUGCCAACCGUUACUGCUACCAACACUCCAACCGCCAUUGCUACCAACACCACUCUAUGAUCAGCCACCAUCUUUACCACCACCGCCGCCAUUACUACUAAACACAAAUUUAUAGUUUUGUACAAGAUUUUAGAUAUUGGUACCAUACAAGUUUUUAAUGUUUCAUUCUCAAAAAUCAUUCUCGGAUUAAACUACCAGUUGUAUUCUCGAGUCAUAAAAAUACGAAAUUUAUAUCGUUUUCAUAUUACAAAAGGGCUCUUUAAAAACAUCCAUGAUUUUCAAACACCCGUCGCGCAUUAAAUUUCCAACAGUAGUAUAUUAGUCAGUGAGAUGGUGAUGGUUUACUUAACUAGAGAUAAUUAGUAAAAUGCAGAUAAUUAAUUGUAUUGUUUAACCACAGAGACAGAGACCGUUAAUUUAAUAUUCCAUCUAAUUAUUUUGAGUGAGCAGAUGGUUAAACAAAAAAAAAUUAAUUAAUUGAUUAAAAAAAGGCUUUUGAGAUCCAAAUCUCAUCCAACUGGGAUUUUUGUUUUUCCUCUCUUUCAAGCUUCACCAUCCCAACUCAACCGCAGUCAAACUACGCCGUUUCACUUCCUUUCCUCUCAGCUCCGCCUUUGACUCUCUCACUCUUUCUCACUCAAACAACAAACUCAAUGCUCUAAUUCAUGUUUGGUUGCCGAGAAAAUUGAGGUAAAAAAAAAAAGAGUUUCGUCUUUGUGUUCGAUCAAAUUUUCUCUCAUUUUCUUGCUUGCCAAACAGAGCAAACUACGCAACUCUGUGUAAAGCUUCAGUUUUAUUGUUUUUUGUGUUUUUUUUUUCUCGGGUAGCAUAAUUGCAAUCGUUUCGAGAUUUUUUUUCUCUGGUAGCAUAAUUGCAAUCUUUUCGAGAUUUUUUUUUCUCAGGUAGCAUAAUUGCAAUCGUUUCGAGAUGGAAGAGGAAAAUGCGGUGGAGCUUUUACAGCGGUUUCGCCGCGACAGGCGAAUACUUCUUGAUUUUAUACUUGCCGGUAGCUUGAUAAAGAAGGUUAUAAUGCCUCCCGGUGCGGUUACGCUCGAUGAUGUGGAUCUAGACCAAGUUAGUGUUGAUUAUGUGAUCAAUUGUGCUAAGAAAGGUGGAAUGCUUGAGCUUUCGGAAGCUAUUAGGGACUACCAUGACCAUACUGGUUUACCACAAAUGAACAAUACAGGUUCUGCUGGCGAGUUCUUUUUGGUUACGAAUCCUGACUUUUCUGGUUCUCCUCCAAAAAGGGCACCGCCACCUGUUCCUGAAUUUGUGCCGCCUCCUAUUAUCGUGCCGCCUCCAAGUGUCAUAUCAUCUGUUCCUGAUCUUGACUCAUCUCCGGUUGCAUUAAGUGUGUCAAAAUCAGAAUCUUUUAACUCUACACAAGUUCAAGAACUUACGGUAGAUGAUAUUGAGGAUUUUGAGGAUGAUGAUAUCGAUGAGGCUGAUAGUGUCCUCAUUUCACGAAGGACACGAAAUGAUGCUGCUGAUCUUGCUCUUGGAUUGCCUCCUUUUAAGACAGCUAUCACAGAAGAUGGUCUCCGUGAAACUGCAUAUGAAGUCCUUUUGGCAUGUGCUGGUGCUUCAGGGGGUCUCAUUGUGCCUUCAAAAGAGAAAAAGAAAGACAAAAGGUCCAAGCUGAUGAGGAAACUUGGACGAAGUAGAAAUGAAAAUGCUUUGAGUCAGUCUCAACGAGCCCCUGGAUUGGUUGGGUUAUUGGAGACUAUGCGUGUUCAAAUGGAGAUAUCUGAGGCAAUGGACAUCAGGACUAGACAAGGGCUGCUUAAUGCCCUAGCAGGAAAAGUGGGAAAAAGAAUGGAUACCUUACUAGUUCCUCUGGAACUUUUAUGCUGUAUUUCACGAACAGAAUUCUCUGACAAGAAGGCGUAUAUACGGUGGCAGAAUAGGCAGUUGAAUAUAUUGGAGGAGGGGCUUCUUAACUUCCCUGCUGUUGGAUUUGGGGAGUCUGGACGCAAAGCGAGUGAGUUUAGGAUUCUGUUAGCAAAGAUUGAAGAAUCAGAGUCACUUCCACCAUCCACGGGUGAACUCCAACGAAUGGAAUGCUUGAGAUCUCUUCGAGAGAUUGCCACUCCACUUGCUGAGAGGCCUGCUCGUGGUGACUUAACUGGUGAAGUAUGCCACUGGGCAGAUGGUUAUCACUUGAAUGUUAGACUAUAUGAGAAACUGCUUCUCAGUGUCUUUGAUAUGUUGGACGAGGGAAAGCUGACUGAGGAAGUAGAAGAAAUACUCGAGCUUGUGAAGUCGACGUGGCGUGUUUUAGGAAUCACGGAGACCAUUCAUUGCACCUGCUAUGCAUGGGUCUUGUUCCGUCAGCAUGUUAUUACUAGCGAUCAAGGAAUUUUACAACAUGCCAUUGAACAGUUAAAGAAAAUACCAUUGAAGGAACAACGGGGACCACAGGAGAGGUCACACUUGAAGAGUUUGCAUUGUAGAGUUGAAGGGGAUCAGGGGCAUCAAGAUUUAUCUUUCUUACAGUCAUUCUUAUUGCCAAUUCAGAAGUGGGCUGAUAAGCAAUUAGGAGAUUACCAUCUGCACUUUGCUGAGGUGCCAGGUUUGAUGGAGAAUAUAGUAGCAGUUGCGAUGAUUGCUCGGAGGCUGCUGUUGGAGGAACCCGAAGCAGCAAUUCUUCAAUCCACGUCCAACACAGAUGAAGAUCAGAUAGAAUUAUAUGUAUCAUCUUCUAUUAAGAAUGCAUUUACAAGGAUCUUACAUUCUGUUGAUAAAUCAGAAUUAAAGCAUGAACAUCCUUUGGCAUUGCUUGCUGAAGAGACGAAGAAACUUUUGAAAAAAGAUGCAACCAUGUUCAUGCCAAUUUUAUCCCAGAGGCAUCCACAAGCAACUGCUGUCUCAGCCUCACUCCUUCAUAGGAUUUAUGGCAACAAGUUGAAACCUUUUCUUCGGGCUGCUGAACAUCUGACAGAAGAUGUAGUAUCUGUAUUUCCAGCAGCUGACAGCCUUGAGCAAUACAUUAUGGAACUUAUUACGUCUGCUUGUGGAGAGGAAACUGCUGAUGUAUUCUGUAGGAAACUAGCUCCAUACGAGAUUGAAUCUAUAUCUGGAACAUUGGUGAUGCGUUGGGUCAAUUCGCAACUUGGAAGGAUCUUAGGUUGGGUUGAACGGGCUAUUCAGCAGGAGAGGUGGGACCCAAUUUCACCUCAACAGCGGCAUGGGAGUUCAAUUGUUGAAGUAUUUAGGAUUGUGGAGGAGACUGUUGACCAAUUUUUUGAUCUCAAGGUUCCAAUGAGGCCUACAGAAUUGAGUGGUUUGUUUCGUGGAGUUGACAAUGCGUUUCAAGUGUUUGCUAAUCUCGUCAUUGACAAGUUGGCUACUAAGGAGGAUUUAAUUCCACCAGUGCCCAUUCUUACAAGAUACAGGAAGGAAGCUGGAAUAAAGGCUUUUGUAAAGAAGGAACUAUUUGAUCCUAGGCUGCCUGAUGAGAGAAGGUCUACUGAAAUUAGUUUUAGAACGACUCCAACCCUUUGUGUGCAGUUAAAUACACUUUAUUAUGCAAUCAGUCAGUUGAAUAAGUUGGAAGAUAGCAUUUGGGAGCGCUGGACGAAGAAGAAGCCCCGCCAAAAACUUAUCAAGAAAUCCAUAGAUGAGAAGUCAAAAAGUUUCACCCAAAAGGACACGUUUGAUGGCAGUAGAAAAGAUAUAAAUGCUGCUAUAGAUCGAAUUUGCGAGUUCACUGGAACUAAAAUUAUCUUCUGGGAUUUGAGGGAACCGUUUAUUGACAAUUUAUAUAAACCAAGUGUUUCUCUUUCGAGGUUCGAAGCAGUGUAUGAACCACUUGAUACGGAACUUAGUCAACUAUGUGCUAUAAUUGUGGAACCACUCAGGGAUCGCAUUGUGACAAGUCUCCUUCAGGCAACACUGGAUGGUUUACUCCGCGUUCUAUUAGAUGGUGGCCCAUCACGAAUUUUCUCAGUGGGAGAUGCAAAGCUAUUAGAAGAAGACUUGGAGGUCCUCAAGGAGUUUUUCAUCUCGGGAGGAGAUGGCCUUCCGCGAGGAGUUGUUGAGAAUCAGGUAUCACGUGUUCGGGAUGUAGUAAAGUUGCACAGCUACGAGACUCGAGAACUGAUCGACGACUUGAGGUCUUCCAGUGGCCCGGAAGCUCGGGGUGGUAGAAGCAAACUAGGGGCUGAUUCUAAGACCCUAUUGAGAAUAUUAUGUCAUAGAGGUGAUUCGGAGGCCUCUCAAUUCCUCAAGAAACAGUACAAGAUACCCAAGUCCGCGGCGUAGGGAUUAUCUUUGCUCUUCAGAAAAGUCCUCUUUGGAAUGUAAAGCGGUAAAAUUUGUAUUGUUUUAGAAAUUUGUUUGUGUAAUUAGUUCAUUGUUUCUAUCUUUGUUUAUGUAACUUAUGAACAUGUAAUAAGAGCUAUUUUACAUAUUAAAUCUGUAUUUUUUGGGAUUCCUAAAUCUUUCCCUUUUAAGAUAUGAAAAGAAAACGUGUAUUUGAAGCAAAUAGAACGCAAUGCACUUGUUGUCUA